CAAAAGUGGCACAACCACAUUUGUACAACACCGCCAACUCAAACUCUUAUUCUACUUUUUCUUCAUCCUCACGACCAACUAUUACGACUUUAACUUCAUCCCCCACGUUCUAUAGUGAAUAUCAUGUACUCGCCUCGCAGGAGUUAUGGCUCGCCACCGCCAGAGCUCUCUAAUAACCCAUUCAUCGACCAUCCAAAUAACGCCCUGGCACGAUACCCCGAUAUCAGUAAAGGCGAUAUAUCUUCCGCAAAUUCACAGCAACAUACACCUUGGAUGCAACCUACGGGAUCGUCACUUUCGGCAAAUCCAGGUGCGGGAUAUGGAGCAGGAGUAUCUCCAGCGAUAGGGAUGAGUCCCACCAACAGUUCAUUCUAUCCAUCGCCACCCCCACAGCAGCCUACAUGGAAUGGCUCCCAAGGAUACCCCAGUACUGUGGGAGGCUCCGGAUUCGCACCACCGAUUCAAAGCCAGCCAACGGGCCUCCCUUUUCAACCAACCAGUUCUUUUGGUCAGCAACUUGCUGGCCAGAUGAAUGAAGCAUAUGGAAGGCCACCUCAGCAGCAACAGCAGCAACAGCCACAACAACAGUAUACAGGCUACCCAACAAAUCCUCAAUACGGUCAACCAGACACAGGUUACGGGGCGCUGCCGCAACAGCAGCGAAAUCCGCAGUAUCUGGCGGAAUUUGACCCGUAUGGAUCAACGUCUGCAACGCCAUCUCUUGGUCAACCGCAGGGAGGGGCAGGUUCACAAUACAACACCCCGCAUCCCAGAGAUUACAUUCAGCAACAUAAGAUGGAGAUGGAACAGUGGGACCAGUAUUCGUGGAAACAGGCACUCAAUUGUUUCGACUCCUUGAAAGAAGCGUGGGCUGCUAGGAAACGCGAGAUCGAAACAAGGGCCAGGGCGUUAGGUGGCGUCGGGUUGUUCGGAGGUGGAGGAUACGGAGGAGCAUACAGCCAACAGGCCCAACAGAUGGCUCAACUGGAGCAGAUGGCAAAGGAAGCCGAGUCAAACUUCGGCUCUGUUGCUGCUUCUACUUUCCAAAUGCAGGAGGUAUUCACUGGCUAUCGACAAUCUGGGGACCUCGCCUCGAAACGACGUGUACGCGAAAGCAUCAAUGCCGCACUUGCCAGUUUACCUGAUUGGCCGCCAAGGUUGUACUAACAUGGAGUGAAGUUGUAUAUCUAGAUAUUUGUCUUUGUCUGGGGACUUUGUCGUUGUUCUGAUAUCACUUGGUGUAAGUAACAUGUAUCUAUCGGUGCCACCAUGCUUGUAAAUUACGAAAUACGGCAUUUGUAGCUACAUUCAACGGGUUUAAACAUGCAUGACAAUUUGUAUCUUGCAACAUACGUUUUCUCUUACGCUAAGCAGGCACCAAGAAAGCUCCAUUCAGAUG